AAAAAGCAGUAGACCUGCGAAUCAGCUAUUAGUACUUGUUAGAGUUUGGGCUUUAGAGGACCACCAUCAUGACUCCAGCUCUUCUCUUCAUCCUCUUCCUCUCAAUGGCAGAUGUUUCUAUGAGUGCACCAGUCGACAGUGAAUAUCAAAAUGAUGAGUCAGUGGAUGAUUCUGAAAUCCCCCCAAGACCCAAAGAAGCAGUUGUGCUGUACGGCGACAUCGCAGAGCCGAAAACGUCAAGCAGGAAUGCAGACCCUUGCACUGCCAUAGGCUGCAAGUGGCCAAAAUCAGGACGCUACGUUAACGUGCCGUACUACAUCUCUUCUGACUACAGUGAGUACGAGCGCAACAUCAUCCUCAGAGGACUGCAGAGCUUCAGCCUAUCCACCUGUAUUCGCCUCGUCCCGUGGAAGUCUGGAGAUCGUGAUUACAUUUACAUUGAAUCUAAGGAUGGCUGCUGGUCCUACCUGGGCCGUCAGAAUGGAGGGCAGUACGUUUCCUUGGCGAAAAAUGGCUGCUUGUACCAAAGCACUGUGCAACAUGAGGUUCUUCACGCUCUUGGCUUCAACCAUGAACAGGUCCGCUCCGACAGGGACACAUACGUCCGGAUCCUCUUUGAGAACAUAGAGCCUGGACGGGAAUUUGCUUUCGAAAAGAAGCAGACGAACAACUUGGGAACACCUUACGACUUUAACUCUGUCAUGGAGUACAGGAAUGAUGCCUUUUCCAAAAAUGGAAAACCAACCAUCGUUGCCAAGUGUAAUCCAUACAUGAAAUUUGGAAAUGCAGAGAAUAUGAGUGCCAAUGACAUCCUUCGUAUCAACAAACUUUAUGAAUGCAAACUCCCUGUGUUGAAGUGGUCGGCUUCCGGAUGGUCCUGAAAGGGCAGAACUUCCUUUCUAGAUAUGAGAGAUGCAAGAAGAAAAAAACAAUCCCCCCCUUUUUGCUUGAUAUAACUGACUGCUAAAAGUAGUUAUUGACGCCUGUUUGAAAUUAAACUGAUUUUCUUUG